AGCGGAGCGGCUCGGCCCGGCCCGCCCCCUUCGGGCAGCGCUGCCCAGGGCGCGGCCCCCCGGCGGCCCCACCGCCAACGGCGCUCCGGGGGGACCGGACGCCUCAGCGGGGAGCGCUCACAGAAACCAGUAUGGCUCCUGUAAAGAAAAACCAUCAGUGAUGAUGCUGCAGGAUAAGUCUCACAAGAGGGUCCUUGAUACCACCUCCUGUCGCUGAUGGGUGAUGACAACAGCUCGGUCACAGGAGCUACCAAGAGCUGUCAGAAUGAAUUACAGCUCACCGUCUGUGCAUGACUUGUAUGACAGCACCACCGCCACGGCCAAGACAGACCCAGGGACAACUCUGGAUGUGACUGUACCAGAAACAGCUACCAUAAGCCCUGAGACUACCAGUUUCAACAGCACCAAAAUCCCUGAUGUGGCCAGCACUGGACCCGGCCUGAGCACAAUGCUGCUGUCCUUUGGGAUCAUUACUGUGAUCGGGUUGGCUGUAGCUAUGGUUCUGUAUAUCAGGAAGAGAAAGAGGUUGGAGAAGCUACGGCACCAGCUCAUGCCCAUGUACAACUUUGAUCCCACUGAGGAACAGGAUGAGCUGGAGCAGGAGCUGCUGGAACAUGGGCGAGAUGCAGCAUCUUCCCAAGCAUCACAGACCAAGACGUUGCCAAUGCCAUCAAUGCAUGAACAAUGCCUGCCUCUGCUCUGGGAUCAUGCUGAGACUGGGGAGGAUGAAGCCAACAAACCAAUGACUACCUGCAAGCAUGGCUGAUCCGCUGAGCCCAGCUGGUCACCCCCUUGGUUUGUGUUACAAAUGGGUACAAGCACUGGGAGCUGUUGCCACUCUGGGAAGAAAUCCAUUGUGGUGGCAGUGGUGAAUUUUUGGUGUGUCCAUUACCACUGAAAGGUCCUGAGCUCCUGUUUCAGGGCUGGUGCUGACUAAUACCAUCCAGCAAGCUAUAUGGUUAGGAACAGUUGCAGAUUAACUUGUUGGAGCACAUGUGAAUGCUCUCUGGACCAGGGAAGAAGAGGUGCAUGUUUCAGAGAGCUUCCCCCUUGGGCUUUGUGUCACCAGACUCCAAGGAAAGCAAUGAACAGGCCUCUGUGCAGUGACUGCAGCUUUGGCAGAUCUUGGAGGGGUGCCUGGUGGCAAAGCCCCUUUGAGCAAGGAGAGCUGACUCUCCAGGUGGAGUGGUAAUUCUGGGCAUGCCAGGCAAAACACGUGUACCAAGGUCUUACACCCCUUGUGGCUCAUGGGCUGCUGUACCCAGGGUGAUGUCAAAGUAUGGGGAAUUCAUUAGCUUUUAAAAGUGAAAUGGUUGGCUGAUUACAUCUUAACUGAGGAAGUGGCUCAAUACCCAAAAUUAGGGCUGCUGUAGGGAUAGAAGUAAUUCACACAGCAAGAGGCAGGAGGUGUCAACGUCUGGCUAUGCAACUCUCUGCUGCUGAGCUAGAAAUAAUGGUACUUGGGCCACAAAGAGGAGUGGGAUUCUGCUAUCAUGUAUCCCCCUCCUUUCUUGGCUCAGGGAAUGGUAGAGCAUUAUCCAGAAGAUUAAGCUUAGAAGCAUUUUCUCUUCAGAAAAAAAAAACAAACCAUGAGCUGACUGAACUGCUGGUUCCUACUUCCUUACCAGCAUGGACCUGCAGUCAGAGCCUUCUCUUCUUUGUGCUGCAGACAACAUGGAGCUUUGCAUUAGCCUCUUCUCACACUACUUGCUAGUGCAGAAGCUGGGACUAGACAGGUAAGCCAGGAGCUUCCCUGGGACACCAAAGCAUCUCUGCUUGUGCAUCCUUAGGGCUGCAGAAGGGAGAGUGCACAAAGGGAUCUCUGGCCAACUUGGCAUACUGCAGUGCAAGAUGAAGGCUGUCCACUGCUGAGCCCAGUGGUGGCCACCAGCCUGGAGCAUUGUCGGUAAGCACAGUGGCCAGAGGCCAGCAGCAGUGCCCAGCCCUGUGCUGAUCACCUGCCGUUUCCUCUGUACAUGCACCUGUCAGAUCCUGUUCCAUCCACAGCACCAGCCAAAAGGGAAAUGAGGACAGCCACAACCUGAGUGCAGGUCCAAAUGCUGGCUUUCUUCAGGGAGAGGUUUCACUGAGUGGCAAUUCAGGUAUCAUGCUGUGUCACAAGUCUGGACCAGCCACUUAGUUUUUGUUCUCCCAAAGAUGUUUUUUUCCUUUCCUGAUAUUCUUUUGUUUGUUUUGGGUUUUUCCUCCCUCUCCUCCAUAUUUAUUAAAUGCAGACUCUGUCUUGGGUAUGUGCCACUGACUCCUGCAGGGCACAAUUUCUUACUGGCCCACUCUCCUUCACUGACACAGCUUCCCUCAUGGAAGUUUUGCAGGGCCAAGUUACUUUUUCAGUAUCCUUCUUUCUUUUUAAAAUCAGGGAGUCCUGGGAGUGUAAUAAGGCUAGGGGUGUCACCACCUGUGAAAGUGGUCCCUCCUCCAUACCUAGAGUUGGUAGGAGGCACUCCCAGGCUGCUGGUUGGCUGCUGCUGGUGUUUGCACUCCAGGGAUAGAAUCCUAGAGCUGUUCCAGUUGGAAAAAGAGUUGGAAGGUGUUUGGGUACAAACACCCAGUGUAAUCUGGCUUAGGUCAUUAGAAUUUGGACAUUCUCAGUGGGUUCUCAAGAGGUUAUGCCUGUGUGACCAGCUGAAGAGCAAAUUCAUCACCUCCCACGCACACAUGCACACUUACCCUUUCCAAGUGCUCCCUGAUGGCAGCCAGCCCCAAAGACUUUCAAUUUCACAGAAUUGCUAUGGUUGGUGAUAACUAAGUCCAACCAGGUUUCACUCUUCAGCAGCUGGCACAUUGCUGUCUGCCACACUCCACACUUUGCAGCAGGGCAGGGAUGCAAGUGGUAAGAGGGGUGCGUGGCUGCCCUAAAUCACAAAAAGUUCCCUCUAGAACCCCUAGGGUUAGAACUUUAUUUGUUGUUCUAAACUCAAUAAAAAGGCAAGUGGAAGCCGAGCUGUUUCCUCAAACAGAGAGCCUGCUUUGUGCUCUUUGCCCACCUCCAUGUGCUGCACAGGCAGCUGCCAAGCAGUACAUCUGCCAGCUCAGGUGCAAAAACAUGCACCUUGUUCCACCUUAAUGCUGACAUGUGUCUCAUGUAACAAACACCUACAGAAGAAUCCUCUUAAACCAUUCUUCGUGGUAGGCUUUGUCCUGUGAUAACUGCCCUUAGGUUACAGAAGUACAGCUGCUAAGAUGGAGAGAACAUUACGGGUACGUGCUGGGCUUGUACUGGAGCGUUCUGUUAGCUCGAUAGCACCUCCUCUCAUGGCUCUCAGAAGCGUGUGUACAAUUUAGCAGAAGCAUUAUGAUGUAAUUUAAUUCAAGUAUUUCUGUGUUUUAAGCAUUGAAAUAUAAUUAAACUAUUUACAUGAAA